CACCCCUACUACACAGAUUCGGGCAGCGCCCGGCCGCAGCGCGGCUACCCCAGUUUCGUAUUUGUUUCGUUACCGGCAUUUUCCUUUGAAUUGAAGUGAAGUGUUGUGAAGUGUCGAAGUGACGGUGCUAUGGCGUUGCCGAUGGCUCAUGUGGCCCUCACGGCGCUGAUUCUUAUGGGAUCGGUGCUAGCCGAGGAUGAAACGAUAGGUCCGAUCUUCAUGAAAGAACCCCCGAACCGAGUGGACUUCAGUAACACGACCGGCGCCGUAGUGGAGUGUGCGGCUCGGGGAUCCCCUACUCCUGACGUCAUCUGGGUCCGAUCUGAUGGUACCGCUGUGGGCGACGUGCCUGGCUUGCGACAGGUCCUGCCGAACGGCAACCUGGUGUUCCCGCCGUUCCGCGCCGAGGACUACCGCCAGGAAGUGCACGCGCAGGUCUACGCGUGUCUCGCGCGCAACCCCGUCGGCUCCAUACACUCCCGAGACGUGAACGUGCGCGCUGUCGUGUCUCAAGCGUACACGAUUAACUUGAUGGAUGAAAACGUACUGCGUGGCAACUCCGCCAUCCUAAAGUGCCACUUACCGAGCUUCGUCACUGAGUACGUGACUGUAUCUUCUUGGAUUAUAUCCGAGGGCGAUACUAAUGAGAAAGAGAUUAGUGUAGAAGAUUCAGCUAGCUUAGAGGGAAAAUACUUAGUACUACCGUCUGGAGAAUUACAUAUUAGAGAUGUCGGACCUGAGGAUGGAUAUAAAUCUUACCAAUGCCGCACGAAGCACAGGCUUACAGGAGAAACCCGACUUUCCGCUACUAAGGGACGUCUCGUCAUCACUGAACCCACCAACAAGAUCGCCCCACGGAGCGAGAAAAGCCGCAAAUUUGAAGGUGGACAAAUAUUUUUAGUUUCUGAAACAGAGUCCGUCUAUCUCACCUGCGAAGUAUCCGGCUAUCCCGCCCCCAUAUUUAGAUGGUACAAGUUUAUCGACGGCACGACAAGGAAGCAGCCAGUUACGCUGAACGACCGAGUGAAACAAGUAUCUGGAACUCUUAUUAUCAAGGAAGCUAAGGUCGAGGAUUCUGGAAAGUACCUAUGCGUGGUCAACAACUCUGUUGGUGGCGAAUCAGUGGAAACAGUGCUAACAGUAACAGCCCCUCUCAAGACGACCGUGGAACCAGCUACGCAAACUGUCGAUUUUGGCAGACCCGCGGUAUUUACCUGCAAAUAUGAAGGCAACCCCGUCAAGACGAUCACCUGGCUUAAGGAUGGCAAGGACAUGAAGCACCACGACCCACAGCUCAGGAUCGAAUCAGUGAAGAAGGAAGACAAGGGAAUGUACCAGUGCUUCAUCAGGAACGACCAGGAAAGUGCGGGAGCUAGCGCCGAACUUAAACUUGGAGGACGAUUCGAACCACCCCAAAUCCGGAAGAACUUCCAAGAGCAGACCCUCCGCUCCGGCCCAUCUCUACGUCUCCAAUGCGUCGCAUCCGGUAACCCCACUCCUGACAUCGCCUGGCUUUUGGACGGAGAGAAGUUAUCCAGUGGAGAACGCCUGCAGAUCGGACAGUUCGUUACUGCUGACGGCAACGUUGAGUCGCAUCUGAACAUCUCUUCUGUACACACUAAUGACGGUGGAUUAUAUUCCUGCAUCGCUUCGAGCAAGGUUGGCAGCGCAUCGCACUCUGCCCGCGUGAACGUGUACGGUCUGCCGUACGUGCGGCCCAUGAAGAAACGCCCCGUCGUGGCCAGCGACACGCUUAUCGCUCACUGCCCCGUCGCCGGAUACCCCAUUGACUCCAUCGUUUGGGAGCGAGACGGACGCGUCCUGCCAAUCAACCGCAAACAGAAAGUAUUCCCCAACGGCACCCUGGUGAUCGAGAACGUGGAGCGCAACAGCGACCAGGCCACCUACACCUGCGUCGCCAAGAACAGCCAGGGCUACAGCGCCAGGGGCACGCUCGAGCUGCAAGUCAUGGUGCCCCCGCAAAUAUCGCCCUUCGAGUUCGGCGAGGAACCCGCCAACGCCGGAGACAUGGCGUCCAUAUCCUGCGCCGUCAGCAAGGGCGACCAACCGCUAAACAUUUCCUGGUACUUCAACGGACAACGAGUCCAAAGGGGCAAUGAUCUCGGAAUAGUGGUCGUGAACAUAAACAAGAAAACCUCGAUCCUAAACAUAGACUCGGUUAGCGGGGUCAACAGGGGCUCCUACGACUGUGUGGCGGCGAACUGGGCCGGCUCCACCAACCACAGCGCAGUACUUAACGUCAACGUGCCCCCCCGCUGGAUCCUCGAGCCCACAGACAAGGCUUUUGCCCAGGGCUCGGAUGCUAAGGUCGAAUGCAAAGCCGAUGGCUUCCCCAAGCCCCAUGUCACGUGGAAGAGGGCUGAAGGAGAUACGCCUGGCGAUUACAAAGACCUAAAGCCAAACAACCCUAAUGUGAAAGUAGAGGACGGAGCUCUGUCGAUUGCCAAUAUUCAAAAGACGAAUGAGGGUUAUUAUUUGUGUGAGGCUGUCAAUGGAAUCGGCUCAGGAUUGUCGGCCGUCAUUUUGAUCAGUGUACAAGCUCCUCCUCAAUUCGAAAUCAAAAUGAGGAACCAAACUGCCCGCAGAAGCGAGCCCGCUGUACUGCAGUGCCAAGCCAAAGGAGAAAAGCCCAUUGGAAUUAUCUGGAACAUGAAUAACAAACGCUUGGAACCCAAAUCGGACCCCCGCUACACCAUCCGCGAAGAGAUUCUGCCCGGAGGAGUGGUUUCAGACCUGAGCAUCAGGAGGACCGAACGAUCUGACAGCGCGCUCUUCACUUGCGUGGCCACUAAUGCCUUUGGAUCUGAUGAUACCAGCAUCAACAUGAUUAUUCAAGAGGUACCCGAAGCACCAUACGGCCUGAAAGUUCUGGACAAAUCCGGUCGCACCGUGCAGCUUUCCUGGGCGGCCCCGUACGAUGGCAACUCGCCUAUCAAGAAGUUCCUCAUUGAAUACAAGCGCGCCAAGGGAAGCUGGGAUAAGGAUAUUGAUAGGGUACUGGUCCCGGGAGAUUCGACCGAAGCCGGCGUGUUCAGCCUCCGCCCCGCCACCGCCUACCACAUCCGCAUCGUCGCUGAGAACGAGCUCGGCACCUCCGAACCCUCGGAAACCGUAACCAUCAUCACCGCUGAAGAGGCACCCACGGGCCCGCCGCAAGACGUGAAGGUUGACGCUCAUGACAAGCACACCCUGCGAGUCACCUGGAAACCUCCCCCAUCACAGGACUGGAACGGUGAACUACAGGGAUACUACGUUGGCUACAAACUGGCAUCAAGCAACAAGUCAUUCGUGUUCGAAACCGUCGACAUUUCCAAAGAGUCUGGCAAGGAGCACCACCUCGAUAUCAUGAAUCUGAAAACAUUCCACCAAUACGCCGUAGUAGUUCAGGCAUUCAACAAGAUGGGUUCCGGUCCCGUGUCACAGGAAGUCCGCGCGUACACCGCUGAAGGCGCACCCUCAGCCCCACCACAAGACGUUCUCUGCACCACUCUGACUGCGCAAACCAUCCGGGUCUCCUGGGUCUCCCCACCUCUUGCCGCUGCCAACGGACUGAUUAAGGCUUACAAGGUCGUGUAUGGCCCCAGCGACACGUGGUACGAUGAGAAGACAAAGGACACCAAGAUCACGGCAAGCAGCGAGACUAUCCUCCACGGACUGAAGAAGUUCACGAACUACUCGAUGGAAGUACUCGCGACGACCAACGGAGGCGAUGGCGUCCGAUCUGCACCCAUUCACUGCCAGACUGAGCAAGACGUGCCCGAGGCCCCUCGUGCGGUGAAGGCGCUAGUGAUGGGCCCAGACUCAAUCCUGGUGUCAUGGCGGGCGCCCGCGCAGCCUAACGGAGUCGUCACGCACUACAACGUCUACACGCAAGCGCAGAACGCUGAGCCGCAUCCUAACAAGGUACCUGCGUCACAGACCAGCUACUCGGCGACUGACUUAAAGGCCGGCCGUUACGACUUCUGGGUGACCGCUUCCACUAUCAUUGGCGAGGGACAACCUUCAGGAACUGCCUCCUGCAGCCCUAGCGACAAAGUGCCCGCCAAGAUCGCCUCAUUCGACGAAUCGUUCACCGCCACGUACAAGGAAGAUGUGAAGCUGCCGUGCCUGGCUGUUGGAGUACCGCCUCCCAAUAUUAUCUGGAAGAUCAAGGGCCAUCCUCUAGAAGCAUCUGAACGCGUCCGUCAACUGCCCGAAGGAUCCCUACAAAUUGCCGGAGUGGCCCGCGAAGAUGCCGGGGAGUACUCGUGCCAUGUCGACAACCAGUUCGGAACUGACACCGUCACACACACACUCUCUGUUCUUGCACCACCGUUCCCCCCGCAACUGAGCAUCGCCUCCUCCUCCGUGUCGUCGCUCACCCUCCGACUGAAGCCCUCCGAUAACGCUGACCAGUCCCCGGCUGCCGGCUACACCAUCCACUACAAACAGGAGUUCGGAGAUUGGGAAACUGUACAGAUCCCAAGCAACACUGACACUUACACCUUGGAGAACUUGUUCUGCGGUUCUAGAUACCAACUCUACGUUACGGCAUACAAUGGCAUCGGUACCGGCGAGGCGUCUGACGUAGUGAUCGCGCGCACCCGCGGCUCCAAGCCGCCCGUGCCCCGCGCUGCUGACUUCAUCGAAGUGGGAUCCUCCAGCGUCACGCUGCAUCUGAAACAGUGGCUAGACGGAGGCUGCCCCAUGAGCCAUUUCGUCGUUGAGAACAAGAAGAAGGGAGCUGCUGAAUGGAAUCAGAUCUCGAACGCUGUGAAACCAGGCGGAAACUUCGUCGUUCUUGAUCUGGAUCCGGCGACCUGGUACGUCCUCCGCAUCACGGCGCACAACAACGCUGGCUUCAACGUGGCCGAGUACGAGUUCGCCACGCUCACCAUGACCGGUGGUACCGUCGCGCCUCUACCGGGCAAUGCUGGUGAUGGAAAGGAGCUGCCGCCUUGGAUCAAAGCGUGGCUGGAGCCUGAGGUUUUAGUACCGAUUCUGGCGACCAUAGUGGUGUUCGUAGUGGGUGUGGUGGUGAUUUGCCUGACGCUCGCUAGGAGGAACACGCCGCACCGCCUGCGAGGUCAGAAGGACGUGUACGACUACGACGCGGUGUACAACGCGUCGCAAGCGGCCAUGGGCGGCGGCGGCGGCACGCUCGACAAGCGCGGCGGACUGCGCGACGAGCUCGGCUACAUCGCGCCCCCCAACCGCAAGCUGCCCCCCGUGCCCGGCUCCAACUAUAACACCUGCGACCGCGUCAAGCGACAGGCUGUCAUCAUGAACGCGCACUCGACGUGGGACCCCCGCCGGCACCACUACGAGCGCGUGCGCCGCGCGCACCAGCGCCGCGGCUCCGGCGACACCAUCUCCACAGGCAUGGAGGACGAGAUCUGCCCGUACGCCACGUUCCACCUGCUGGGCUUCCGCGAGGAGAUGGACCCGAGCAAGGCGCUGGCGUUCCCGCACGCGCACGCGCACGCGCACGCCGGCACGCUCGCGCACCCGCACCCGCACCACCCCGCGCACUCCCGCGCCGGCAGUCAGAGCAUGCCUCGCGCCAACAGCCGCUACGCCCGCAAGAACUCCCAGGGAGGACAGAGCGCCAUCUACUCCACCGCCCCCGAGUACGACGACCCGGCCACCUGCGCUGAAGAGGACCAAUACCGCGCCCGCUACUCCCGACCGAUGUACGCCUGCGGCCCCGAGUACGACGAGCCCGCGUGCUGCCAGCCCGAGGACGAGCAGUACACCGGCGCCUACGGCACGCCCUACUCCGACCACUACGGCUCCCGGCCCAGCAUCGGAACCCGCAAGUGCGGCGGGUCGCCCGAGCCGCCCCCGCCCCCUCCCCGCAACCCCGCCGCCGACAACAACUGCUCCUCCUCCUUCAACGAGAGCAAGGACUCCAACGAGAUCUCCGAGGCCGAGUGCGACCAGCCCCGCAACUAUCCCGUGAGGGCCCACACUGCCAAGGACGGCAUGCACACCGAGGAAAUGAGGAAACUCAUUGACAGACCAGAAGCAACCACCCCAGUCCCCCAGCAAGCAGUCCACGGGCGGGGACUCACAGCCUACGAUACUGUGGCAGUGUAACCUGUAGACCCGCACCGACCCGGCGCCCGAGGCACGCUCCACCGCCACCGCCCAAGCUCCACCCCCGCCGUCUCGCUGAACUAAAACUUUACCUUCUACUUUCAAUUGCUCAUUCCUUUU